UGUAGUUCUUGACGACUUCAACAAACGUCACGAAUCUACGGGAAGGUCCUUGAUCACGUGAUUACUAUAUUGAAAAUUACCGAAAUUUAGCGUCGUUUAAGGCGCGUUCGCAUCUUCCAGCGACCUUUCAAACCACGUCAAAUCCUUUGUUAUCCACACCCCCAACGCCACCCUUCUUUUCUUAUACGUCGCAUUGUAUGCGUUGAGAAGGCAUUCGACUGCCCAUAAGAUCUCCUCCCGAAAUUAACACCGACUCAUCCACUACAUACCCUUUUAUAUCAUGGCAUCGUCAAGUAGAGUUCAACAGGACAGCUUCAUAGACGACGACGACCUUACAUGCCCAUUAUGUGUGGAGGAGUUCGAUCUGUCAGAUCGCAACUUCCGACCAUGUCCUUGUGGAUAUCAGGUCUGCCAGUUCUGCUUCAACAACAUCAAAAACAACAUGAAUGGUCUGUGUCCAGCAUGUAGGAGACCAUACGAUGAGAAGACAAUAGAGUGGAAGGUUGUCACACAAGAAGAGAUCGCACAAUUUAAAGCCAACGCCCAAAAGAACGCGAAGAAAAAGGCAGAGCAACGGCAUAAGGAGGCGCAGAAACGCGAAGUGGAAAGUCUGAACCGAAAGCACUUAGCUGGGCUUCGAGUAGUCCAAAAGAACUUGGUAUACGUUGUUGGUCUCAGCCCCGGAAUCCCGGAGCAGGAUCUUCUGAAAACACUGCGUGGCGAUAAACAUUUUGGGCAAUAUGGACCUAUUGUCAAAAUAGUUGUCAGCAAAGCGAAGCAGGGCGAAGCACCACCGAAUAAUGGGUCACUGGGCGUCUACGUCACCUUCGCAAAAAAGGAAGACGCAGCGAAAUGUAUAGCCGCUGUGAACGGGUCGCAAAACGGCGACAGGGUUUUACGAGCUCAACUCGGAACGACGAAAUACUGCUCUGCCUAUCUCCGCAACGAGAUAUGUACGAAUAAGCAAUGCAUGUUUCUCCACGAACCAGGCGACAAUGAUGACAGUUAUUCUCGACAAGACCUAUCCACGAUUAAUAGCGUCAAUACGCAGCGUCCGUUACCUGGACCUUUGACAUUUUCUGGCCCUGUAGCACAAGCUGCGCGGCAAGCAGCGCAGGCCCAGGCACCUAUACAACAAUCACAACCCGUUGCAGCGGCAUCUCAAGUUAUGGCGCGCGACCCAAGCAAAGACGAGUUGGACAGUGGCGAUGGAUCGGCACUACCAUCAUCUGCAAGCUGGGCGAAAGGAGGGCAACUAAGCAGGAGAGGAAGCCUUGCAACCAGCGCCGCCGCUUCUAGCCCAGCUAUUUCGGCAUCACUGCCGGCGCUUGUUCUUGAAGAGGAGAGUCCUGAAUCGCCACAAGAUCGAAUUUCGCAGACGCAAGAUAGCGCGGCGGCCGAAGCUCACCAACAAAGCUUGAUACCACAGGCGCCGUCAGACCCUGUACUGGCACAGAUUUUGAAAUCUAUAAACUAUCUUACAACAUUGUCAGAAUCCCCCAGUGAAAGCACUGACGAGGACUCACAACUAUGGUGGCCUUUGUUUGACGACAAUGGAGGUCUGAAGCGGCGCUUAGCUCGUGAACAACAGGAUGAAGCAACCCGGCUGCACAUCGAACAAGAGCUUCAGGAAGAGACGAGGUCGGCACCCGAAGCCCAAGAGGAACAGGAGCCUGGAAGUGGUAGUGGGCAACUAGGCGGAGAGCCCGAAGAUAGGGAUGAUGGCCGAGAGAGCAGCCAAGGCCAAACUUUUCAUGAUCAAAGGCGCCCGAGUGCCCAACAACCUAUACAACGCAGCUCUCAAGAUAGUGGUGUAUUUGGCGGUACUGGAGGCCAAAAUUUCUCGCCCAAUAUCGGCAAUUUAGCCACAGUUAAUGGGCGUGCCCUGACACCAAUACAACAGCAGCAACUAUUGUUGUUGAAGUCUGGCCAGUCUGGUCAGCCACAAUCGGGUUUCAUAGACCAGUACCCUCCAGGAAUUGGUGCUUUGGGUUCGCAGCAGUCGACGUUGUUUCAACAGCAGGGCCACAAUCGCCAGUCGUCCAGAUAUAACUUCGGCGGUGAUUCUGCAUCAGCUGCGAAAUCUACCACAGGCUCAAAGCUACUAGGACAACAAGCAUCAAUGAUGGGGCUUCAGCAAGGGAACCAGUUUUAUGGUUCCACGGUGCCAGGGCCACCACCGGGACUUAAAUCCACCGGGACGCCUCCUAGCGGAAUGUUCGGACAAUCUCAAUUUGGCGGUGCCGCAUUUGGGGCAGCUGGAAAAGAGAAUAAUAACGAUAUUAUUCGGGAGAUGUUAAGAAAUCGAGGAGGUACUGGCUCAGGGAGCGGAGGACAGAGCCGCGAAGCCGGAAAGCGUGAGUUUAUGUUUCCUUUUUCUCAUCAGUACCCGUCCUCCUCCACUCCAGCCCGGACUUCUAGCCUCGUGGCAACGCUCUAUGGCCCUCAGCCUGGAGCAUUCCAAGACUUCGGUCCAAAGCAGAAGAAGAAGGGAAAGAAGCACAGACAUGCUAACACUUCCUCCUCUGGGGGAGGUGGUCUAGUCGAUCUUGCGGACCCAAAUAUCUUGCAGGCGAGGAUGCCUCACCAGCAACAGAGCAAUGCCGGAGUUGGACAGGGGCUGUUUGGGGGUCAGGCACAAGCAGAUGAUAACCUCUUGUCCAUGGAUGAUGAUGUAUCCCACUCCGUGGAUGCUCUGGUUGCAGAGAGCGUUUCGGAAACUGCCGCAAGCCCUUUCCAUCAUGGCCUUUCCAUGCCUUCGCGCACGUCGACCCCAUCAGUUCCUCCCGGUUUCAAUCUGCCCCAUGCACACCCUUCUCCAACCCGCGACGAUGCGAUGGCCAAACCACAGACUAGGAUUCCAGCCAUACCAGCGCCAUCGCAGUACACACCACCUCGAAGCAUGGCCGCUACGCACGUGCCUAGAGUUGGUACACCACUUUCAACAGUAUCGAUUCCACCCACACCUACCCCGGUUCCAGCAGUUGUUGUCCCGAAGCCGGGGGCUUCAAAGACCGAAGCGAGAGAGCAAGCAAAAGAAGACGUUAAGUCAUUGGCAAACGACACCGGCCUCACGAAGGCGAUUGCUUCUCAGUCAUCACAGCUCAUGGCACCUCCAGGGCUUCACCGGGAAGACUUUCCAGUAUUGGAGAAAGGAAAAGCGAAAGACGUUGCUAUUAUCUCUGGACCCCGAGCCAUGACGGCCGGCAAGAAAGCGCUGGCAACCCCAAGCAACGUUGCAGCUGUGACCCCUGCCCCUAAGGCCGCCGCCAAAAAGUCAACGCCAGGCAUACUUAACAUCUCUGUUCCAGCGCAACCAUCAACCAAGGAAGUAGCCGACAAAGAGCCACCAGCAAAUGCGGCUGUUCAGUCAUCUGCAUUCCCACCACUGCCCCCAAGUACUCCUGCCGCAUCGUCUGGGUCAUCGGUACCAAAAGGGCCUAGGUCCAUCCGAGUUGUACCUACAAAGACCGAGUCGCCUGUCAUUAGUGCCGCCCAGCCUUUGUCCGCAAUUUCAAAUUAUUCUGCAACUAUUUCAGGUAGUCGUCAAGCUAGCAUCUCUUCUAAUUCUAGAUUCGAGAGGCCUGGAACCCCGGCCAGUGAGAUAAUUUCAGACACUGCUUCCCUUACUUCGGCUUCCUUGUCCCGACCAAGCUCUCCACCGCCAACUAGGGUAGGUUCCGCACCAGUGAGAACCACCACGAAGAGCCAGCAGAAGAAGCAACGCCGCGAGGCUAUGAAGGGGAAGGAAAAAACCGAGGUAGAGACUGCCGUGGUGGAGACCCCUGAGGCCGAAGAAAUUGCGCCAAUUAUGGGCAGGAAGAAGAAGCAAAAGAAGGCAAAGGUUAAUACGAAAGCUGGUUCGCCAAUACCUGUUCCUAGUCGGCCUCCAACGCCGAAACAGGUAGAAAAGACGGAGCCAGUGAAGGAAACCAAGGCCAGCGGUGGCCCAGAAGCCUCAAAGAAACAGAAGGCCCCCGAGGUGGAGGCAACACCCAAGCCAGUUGUCGAGUCUAAGGCUGAAGUAGUGGAAGAGGCAGUGCAGGAACCCCCGGCACCCACUGUGGAAACGAUAGAUGAAACUUCAGACAGACCAGUACCAACCCCAUCGGCAGUGCUGCAAGAUUUGCUCUCUCAUGGGCAGGUACCUCAGCCAGAUAAGCUGGCCGUCCUUAGACCACCAAUGGGCUAUAACCAGCGCGCUGGAUUCCAGGGCGAUCUGCCGGAUCUUGACCAUAAAUUGGUCAUCACUGAAGAAGAUCGUGCGGCGCUGCUUUCCGGCAGGCCAGUACAUAAAGUUGUGCAGGGGUCUCACAGAAUCAUGCUUACGCCCAAUGGCGAUUGUGUUCGUAACCUGACUCCUACCGAAGAAGAGCGUUACUUGGAACUUCAGUCGCGCAUCUUCCAGGAGUCAGGCCCAGCAGCUUUUGUGCCUGCAAGACACAAUGCGAGCAAUGGCUUUACGCUUAUUGGAGGCCGGGCUGUACCAAACGGACCACCUGCUUUCUUCCCUCCCUUGGAUGGAAGCCUGACGAUCCCUCCCCUUGAUCCAGUUAGCAAGAUCCAGCGCGAUGAGGCCUUGAGCUACAUCAACCAGUACGUGCUGCCAUCGCUUUCGACGAACUCUCAACUUGAGCGUGCGCUCAAUGCGAAUGCGCUGGACACGGAGAUGCUUCGUCCAAACGAUACUCAAUCCUGGCCAAACUGGGGCACUGGAAGCGGCCAAGGCGGCAACAAUGCGGCAUCGCAGGAGAACCGAUCUGGUCAGGAGGGGCCGUACGGUGGCAAUAGACAGGAUGGCAUCCUUGCUAGCGGACUCGAAAGCAUGACUGCGCAUUUCGCCGUUGGCCGCGAGAGCAGCCGUGGACAGCCACUUGGUAAUGUCACACUGCUGAGCCUGUCCGACAGCGAGACUGCGAUGCAGAGCGCGAAGAAGGAGACGGAGAAGCUCGAGAAGAGCUUGAACCAGCUGCUGAAGAAGAACCGGCGGCUGUUGCUGGGUGCGGGUCAUUGACGGCGCGCAAGGAGUUUAGGCGUUCGGGUUAUUAGGAUGGGCAUUGUCCUGUUCGGACUUGCGGAGCUGUGCCUCAGGAUCAUGAUCGUGAAGGUACUGCGGCUGCUUGUCGUCUGUACGAUAGUGUUAUGUGUAUGGGUAUGGAAGCGUAUGGCUACGCCAGCGAUUUUUGCUGGGUGGCUUGGACGCUCUUUCUAGGGUGGCUUGUAGGAUUGGUGUUUUUUCAGCGGCAUAAUAUGGGGCGGGGCGGCUUGUGUUUAGUAGCAUAGCAUGGCGAUACCACAUCAGUUGGACCGGCAUUUUAGAUGUAUGAUGAUACCAGAAGAGAAGAUAGCCAGGUAUUCACCUAAACUUAUGGCGAUAGUAUUUUCGAUUUU